CGGCGACCGGAGCCCUCCGCGCCACGGCACCCCCACCGCGCACGCCCACCGCCGGGAGGAUGGGCUGCGGGCGGCGGAACGGCAGCCCCCGAGCUCCCUGAACCGAGGAAACAAAGGGAGCAAGCAGCAGGAGCCGGGCCGGGGUGGAUGCGAGCAACCAUGAAAGGCUGGGUCUCCGCCUCCUCCGCUGCUGCUCGAGAGCUGCCGGCUGCUGCUGCUCGGAGGACUACACUGUGAGAAGGGGGCGGAGGAGAGGCUGGCCGGGGCUGCUGUGCGAAGGUAGAAGGUGUAAGGGAGAGGCGGCAAGAAAAUGUCUUCUUCGGUGGGGCCCCGCGGCCCUCGCCCGCCUACGGUGCCCCCCCCGAUGCAGGAGCUGCCCGACCUGAGCCACCUGACAGAGGAGGAGAGGAACAUUAUCAUGGCAGUGAUGGACCGGCAGAAAGAAGAGGAGGAGAAAGAAGAGGCCAUGCUCAAGAGGUUGCAUCAACAGUUUGAAAGCUAUAAAGAGCAAGUAAGAAAGAUAGGGGAAGAAGCCCGCCGUUACCAGGGAGAGCACAAGGAUGAUGCUCCAACAUGUGGAAUCUGUCAUAAAACAAAGUUUGCAGAUGGUUGUGGCCAUUUAUGCUCUUAUUGCCGGACCAAGUUUUGUGCUCGAUGUGGAGGUCGUGUCUCUCUGCGAUCAAACAAUGAGGACAAAGUGUACAGGAAUACUGUUCCUACUCAUUGUGGAUCACAUUCAGAAGUACCCGUAAGAGUUAUGUGGGUAUGCAAUUUAUGUCGAAAGCAACAAGAAAUCCUAACGAAAUCUGGAGCGUGGUUUUUUGGAAGUGGACCACAGCCUUCGCCCAGCCAGGACGGAACACUCAGUGAUACAGCAACUGGCGGAAGCUCAGAUGCACCGAGAGAGAAGAAAGCAAGACUUCAAGAGCGAUCAAGAUCACAGACUCCCUUAAGUACAGCAGCUGCCUCAUCACAGGAAAUCUCCUCUUCCAGUGUCCAGUCUGACCGUAGGAAAGGAGCAGAAGUAUCACAGCCAGCUAUGGGUGUGGACCAAAAGCAAGCUUCGUCAAGGUCUAGAAGUGAACCUCCAAGAGAGAGGAAGAAGACAAUAUCUGUUUCGGACCAGAAUGGCAAAGUUAUAAAGAGUGAGCGUAAGCGUGUGCCAAAAUCCUCACUGCAGAAGGAAGGACCAGCAGAUGACAGGGAGCGUAAAGAGCGGCAUGAAGGUAGAAGGCUGGAGAAAGGCAAGUCACAGGACUUGCCAGAGAAACUUGAGGAAGGCAAAGUGCCUGAUGAUGAAACACAAACGAAGGAAGAUGAGUAUCAUACCCGUUACAGGAGUGACCCCAAUCUGGCAAGAUACCCUGUAAAACCUCAUCCUGAGGAACAGCAGAUGCGCAUGCAUGCAAAAGUUUCUAAAGCACGGCACGAGAGAAGACACAGUGAUGUAGCUUUGGCACAUACAGAAAUGGAGGAAGCGGAGGUACCUGAGAAUAAAUUAGGAAAACGCUCACAAUUACAGGGAACUCAGGACAGAAAAUCUCUUGUGGAAACUCAGAGGUCGUACUCUAUAGACAGAACAGGUGAUGUAAGAAUUUCUGUUUCUAAACAAUUAACUAAUCAUAGCCCACCAACUCCCAGGCAUAGUCCAGUUCCUAUAGAACACGUAGAAUACAAGAACCACGAUUCUUUUAAAAAACAGAGCCGCCUUGAUCCUAGCUCUGCUAUUCUCAUGCGAAAAGCAAAGCGGGAGAAAAUGGAGACCAUGCUAAGGAAUGAUUCCCUUAGCUCUGACCAGUCGGAAUCAGUGCGGCCAUCCCCUCCAAAGCCUCAUAGAGCAAAAAGAGGCGGAAAGAAAAGGCAGAUGUCAGUUAGUAGCUCAGAGGAAGAAGGGGCAUCAACACCAGAAUAUACUAGCUGUGAAGAUGUGGAGAUAGAAAGUGAAAGUGUCAGUGAAAAAGGUGACUUGGAUUAUUACUGGCUGGAUCCUGCCACGUGGCACAGCAGGGAGACAUCCCCCAUUAGUUCGCAUCCCGUAACGUGGCAGCCUUCUAAAGAGGGAGAUCGCUUAAUUGGGCGUGUUAUUCUCAACAAGAGAACAACCAUGCCAAAAGAAUCAGGUGCAUUACUGGGGCUAAAAGUUGUUGGAGGAAAAAUGACAGAAUUAGGACGACUCGGUGCCUUCAUUACCAAAGUGAAGAAAGGUAGCUUGGCUGAUGUGGUGGGACAUCUCAGAGCAGGAGAUGAAGUUCUAGAAUGGAAUGGUAAACCCUUGCCUGGAGCUACAAAUGAAGAAGUUUACAACAUUAUUUUAGAAUCAAAAUCAGAACCUCAAGUUGAAAUUAUUGUUUCAAGGCCUAUUGGUGAUAUUCCACGGAUUCCUGAGACUUCUCACCCCCCGUUAGAGUCUAGUUCAAGUUCUUUUGAAUCUCAGAAGAUGGAAAGGCCUUCUAUUUCUGUUAUAUCUCCGACCAGCCCUGGAACCCUACGGGAUGCACCACAAGUCCUACCAGGGCAGCUUUCUGUUAAACUGUGGUACGACAAAGUGGGACAUCAGUUAAUAGUAAAUGUUCUGCAAGCAACAGAUUUGCCACCAAGAGUAGAUGGACGCCCUAGGAAUCCCUAUGUGAAAAUGUAUUUUCUUCCAGACAGAAGUGAUAAGAGUAAAAGGAGGACCAAAACAGUAAAGAAAAGUCUAGAGCCAAAAUGGAACCAAACUUUUCUCUACUCACAUGUGCAUCGUAGAGAUUUUAGAGAACGAAUGCUUGAAAUAACUGUAUGGGAUCAGCCAAGAAUACAAGAAGAAGAGAGUGAAUUUCUUGGAGAGAUUCUUAUAGAGCUGGAGACAGCCCUUUUAGAUGAUGAACCACAUUGGUAUAAGCUACAGACACAUGAUGAAUCUUCACUACCUCUGCCUCAGCCAUCACCUUUCAUGCCAAGAAGACAUAUUCAUGGUGGAGAAAGCACUAGCAAAAAAUUACAAAGAUCUCGGCCAAUCAGUGAUAGUGACAUCUCAGAUUAUGAUGUUGAUGAUGGUAUUGGAGUUGUUCCUCCAGUUGGUUAUAGAUCUAGUACUAGAGAAAGUAAAUCUACAACACUAACUGUGCCAGAACAGCAAAGAACAACACAUCAUCGUUCACGAUCUGUAUCUCCUCACCGUGGUGACGAUCAGGGCAGGACCCGUUCACGUUUACCAAAUGUGCCAUUACAGAGGAGUUUAGAUGAAAUUCAUCAAAUGAGAAGAUCACGUUCUCCAACUAGACACCAUGAUGCCUCCAGAACUCCAGCUGAUUACAGAUCCAGAGACAUGGAUAGUCAGUAUUUGUCUGAUCAAGAAAGUGAGCUUCUUAUGCUGCCCAGAGCAAAACGAGGAAGAAGUGCAGAGUGCCUACAUACCAUCAGAAAUUAUGCUAGGCACUAUAAAACAUUGCCACCCAAGAUGCCUUUACUAGAAAAUGGUACUCAUUGGAACCUAUACAGCUCAACUCUUCCUGCAUGUGCUAAGACCAAAUCCGUGAUUAGACAGGAUAUUUCACUCCUUCGUGAUUGCCUUAAUUCACGAAUACUGAAAUUUGGAGAUGAUCUGCUGGUUAGUGAACUACAGCCCUCCCUUGACAGGGCUAGGAGUGCUAGUACCAACUGCUUGAGACCAGAUACUAGUUUGCAUUCACCAGAACGAGAAAGGGGUAGAUGGUCCCCCUCCCUAGAGAGGAGACGACCUACUAGUCCCAGGAUUCAUAUCCAGCAUGCAUCUCCGGAGGAUGACAGAACAAGGACGUUGGAGUCUUUCAUUCCAAAACAGGACAGUGUAGACCACCUAAGUGCUAAACCUGGAGCAGCACAGAGGCAGUCCAGAAAAGUGGAAAGAUAUAGCAGCCAAAAACAAACUAGGAAAGUCUCCGCAACUGAAACAGAAAGGGGUCUGCUACCAUGUGUUUCUAGAAGGGGACUUCCAACCCCACGAACAACUGAACAUCCAGUCAUUAGGGGAAAACAUCACACUCGCUCAAGGUCGAGUGAGCACUCUAGUAUCAGACCCUUAUGCUCUGUACAUCACCUAGCGCCCGGAGGGUCGGCGCCACCUUCUCCACUUCUGACAAGAAUACAUCAACAAGGAAGUCCCACGCAGUCUCCUCCUGCAGACACAUCCUUCAGCAGUCGCAGGGGAAGACAGCUACCACAAGUUCCAGUAAGAAGUGGCAGUAUAGAGCAAGAGCAAGAGACUUUUAACUCAUCCACAACAGCAAGCUUAGUAGUGGAGGAGCGAACGAGACAGAUGAAAAUGAAAGUGCACCGUUAUAAUCAGACAUCAGGGUCUGGUUCUAGUCAAGAAUAUGAGCGUGAGCAAUAUACCAAGUAUAACAUACAAACAGAUCAGUACAGAAGUUGUGAUAACGUCUCUGCCAAAUCAUCAGAUAGUGAUGUCAGUGAUGUGUCAGCCAUUUCCCGAACCAGCAGUGCCUCACGCCUCAGCAGCACAAGUUUUAUGUCGGAGCAAUCUGAACGCCCUCGUGGCAGAAUCGGUACAUUUACUUCUAAAAUGCAAGGCAGACGGAUGGGGACUUCAGGGAGAAUCACUAAGAGCACAAGUGUGAGUGGAGAGAUGUAUAAGCUGGAGCACAAUGACGGGAGUCAGUCAGACACGGCUGUCGGCAUGGUUGGAACAGGUGGGAAGAAAAGGCGUUCCAGCCUUAGUGCCAAAGUGGUUGCCAUAGUGUCUCGAAGGAGCAGAAGUACAUCUCAACUUAGCCAAACAGAGGGUGGCAGCAAGAAGCUAAAGAGCACGAUACAGAGAAGCACAGAGACAGGAAUGGCAGCAGAGAUGAGAAGUCGCAUGGUUCGACAGCCAAGUCGGGAAUCCACUGAUGGCAGCAUAAACAGUUAUAGCUCAGAGGGCAAUUUAAUAUUUCCUGGAGUACGACUGGGCGCUGACAGUCAGUUUAGUGAUUUCCUCGAUGGACUUGGACCUGCGCAGUUAGUAGGCCGACAAACACUAGCAACUCCUGCCAUGGGUGACAUCCAGAUUGGAAUGGUGGACAAAAAAGGCCAGUUAGAAGUAGAAGUCAUCAGAGCCCGUGGCCUCACACAAAAACCUGGCUCCAAAUCUACCCCAGCUCCAUAUGUCAAAGUGUAUUUAUUGGAAAAUGGAGCAUGUAUAGCUAAGAAGAAGACAAGAAUUGCACGGAAGACCCUUGAUCCUUUGUACCAGCAGACACUGGUUUUUGAUGAAAGUCCACAGGGUAAAGUCCUUCAGGUAAUAGUUUGGGGAGACUAUGGCCGAAUGGACCACAAAUGCUUCAUGGGAGUUGCCCAGAUCCUUCUGGAGGAACUGGAUCUGUCCAGUGUGGUAAUAGGCUGGUAUAAAUUAUUUCCACCUUCAUCACUAGUGGAUCCAACCUUGACUCCCCUGACGCGCAGGGCUUCUCAGUCAUCUCUGGAAAGUUCAACCGGGCCUCCCUGUAUUAGAUCAUAGUAGCAGGUGCUGUCUGAUAAAAACAUCAUCCAGGAUAACAAUUGGAACCAGAUAUUCACAUGAUCAAAAAACACUGUUGGAGAGAGACAAUCACUUCUGUUUUCGCUUGUAGUAGUUAUCCAAACAUAUGUCUGUCUGUCUAGAGAUGGCUUUAAUUGACAGAACAAAGG